ACUGUGAAUCUUCUGCUGUGUGACGGAUCUCGUUACACGUGGACCAAAGCGACCACCGUGGUGCACAAUUUGAUCGUCGGGUCUUUGUGGAUCGAUAAUUACGGGGAUGUGGUCAUUCAGAAUCAUACCAAUGGAUACACAUGUCCAAUGCGAUUCAUAGCUCACUCCUAUUUUAACCGAGGACCACCGAAACAAGUAACCGGUGUUGUUCAAGACGCGGCGGGCAAUCCGGUGCGAUUGGUUCGCGGCAUGUGGGAUAAUUACAUCGAAACUCAAGAUGUGAACGAUGACGGGACACCGUAUGGAGAUCCACGGACCUUGUGGACCGCCCUACCUCUAGAUCCGAAUGCGGAUAAAAUGUACAAUUUCUCCCAAUUCACCAUCGAAUUGAAUGAACCGGAGCCGGAUGUUGCUCCGACCGAUUCUCGUCUCCGACCGGAUCAACGCCUCAUGGAAGACGGUCUGUGGGAUCAGGCGAAUGAGGAGAAACGUAGAUUGGAACAAAAACAACGCACGAAACGCCACCGGUGGGAACAAGAACAAGAAUCAGGAUUGGGACCAAAACAACCGUUGUUCACCCCGGUCUGGUUUGUGACUCAAAAAGACCCAGUGACCGGUGAGGAAUCGCAUGUGUACAAAGGUAACUACUGGGAAGCGAAGAAAGCUCAAGACUGGUCUGCCUGUCCGGAUAUUUAUUGA